CAGCCGCUGCCGCCGCCGCCGUCAUCGUCGUCGUCGUCGUCGUCGUGGUCGUCGUCGUCGUCGUAGUCGUGGUGGUCGUCGUCGUCGGCAGUAUCUCGUUAACGGCGCUGUGCACCGCACAUAGGACGCGCCUACACACGCUCGCGAGACCACAUCAUCAGCGCCCGCUGUCGACGCCGCCGCCGACGACGUUUCCCGCGUGCUCAUCGCCGUUAAAUCUGUUCCCGCUUACCACCCCCGUCGACGAUUACUCUCCCGCUCGGGCGACGACGACCGGGGUUGGCCGCCGCCACCGUCAUCGCCACCGCCACCGCAGCGUUAUCGUAGUGUGACGUCGUCGUCGUCGUCGUCGUCGCCGUCGUCGCCACUGCCGCCACUGCCGCUGCAACCAUGACGACUGUUGCACACUCGGCUGUUGGUGCACCCGCAGUGAUGCGAUUAUGACGGUCACCUGCUGCCCCCACUCCCUUUAAAAUCCGCGUCCCACACGAUUUUAUAUAACUUUUAUUAUUUUCAUCAUCAUCAUCAUCAUCAUCACCACCACCACCAUCGUUUUAAUAAUAUUACGCAUUAUUGUAUAUAUAUAUACACAUUUAUAUAUACAUAAUAUAUAUAUAUUCGUCUUCGCCGACGCCACUGCCAACGAUCGGCGCCACUUCUACCGCCGCCGCCGUCGCCGCGUUAUCCGUGCGCGCGCGUGUACCAUAUUCUCUCGUCAGGGUAUAACAAAUGCCUGCCAGAAAAGGAUUAUUGGCGCCUCAGAAUACAUUUCUGGAUACAAUCGCGACACGGUUCGAUGGCACACAUAGUAAUUUCGUGCUCGGAAAUGCUCAAGUGCCAUCACUGUAUCCGAUAGUGUACUGUUCAGACGGAUUCUGCGAACUCACUGGGUUUGCGCGGGCGCAAAUUAUGCAGAAAGGUUGCGCCUGUAAGUUUCUCUUUGGUCCGGAUACUAGUGACGACCAUGUUUCACAGAUUGAAAAGGCACUGGAAUGCAAAGCUGAACUAAAACUGGAAUUGAUUUUCUACAAAAAAAAUGGAUCUCCGUUUUGGUGUUUGCUGGACAUUGUGCCGAUCAAAAAUGAAAAACGAGAAGUGGUGUUGUUCCUGGCUUCGCAUAAAGACAUCACGCACACGAAAAUGGCAGAAAUGCACGUGGGCAUGGACUACGAUCCAGAGGAAGCCGAACCCGAAGAACCAGAACCCGCCAGUAACGCGUACGGACGACGGAGAAGCAGAGCCGUCCUUUACCAAUUAUCUGGCCAUUAUAAGAGUGAUAAACCAAAAGCUGGCAAGCUGAAACUGAACAACACAUUGUUGCAGGGCUCAUCUGCACCGCUACCGGAAUACAAAACGUCAGCCCUGAAAAAAUCCCGAUGGGUAUUAUCGCACUAUGGGGUGUUCAAAACUUGCUGGGAUUGGCUGAUACUGAUAGCCACGUUCUACGUUGCAAUCGUUGUACCAUACAACGCCAGUUUCGUCAACACGGACAAACCGUCCAUGGUCAGCGACGUGGUCGUCGAGUCGCUUUUUAUAGUCGAUAUUCUGUUCAAUUUCCGGACGACGUUCGUCAACAAAAAAGGCGAAGUGGUGUCUGAUUCCAAAACGAUCGCUUUCAAUUACUUGAAGAGCUGGUUCGUGGUAGAUUUAUUCGCUGCUCUGCCUUUCGACCUGUUGUACGCAUCGGACGUUUACAGCGGAGACGAAGCUGGUUCAGGACAGGUUCAUUUAUUAAAGCUGACCAGACUGCUGAGGUUAGCAAGACUGUUGCAAAAGAUCGACAGGUAUUCGCAAUACGGUGGUAUGAUUCUCACACUGUUGAUGCUCCUAUUUACAUUAGUUGCACAUUGGUUUGCGUGCAUAUGGUAUGUGAUCGCAGAAAGCGAACGCCACGAAAAAGGAAGAGACUGGGAUCUAGGUUGGAUGAACACACUCGCAGAACGUCUUCAUAAGGACGUGGACAAUGUGACACACUCAGAGGCGUACAUAACUUCGUUAUAUUUCACGUGCUCUAGUUUAACGAGUGUCGGAUUCGGUAACGUUUCGGCCACUACCGGUGCCGAGAAGAUAUUCAGUAUUAUCACGAUGUUGAUUGGAGCCCUGAUGCACGCGGUGGUAUUCGGUAAUGUAACGGCCAUCAUCCAGCGUAUGUACUCCCGACGGUCACUGUACCAGAGCAAGUGGCGGGAUCUCAAAGACUUCCUGACGCUACACCAGGUGCCUAGCGAGCUAAAGCACAGAAUGCAGGACUAUUUUCAGACAAUGUGGUCGCUAAACCAUGGUAUCGACAUACACGAGUUUUUGUUUCAGACGCUAAAAGAAUUUCCAGAAGAGCUCAGAGGCGACGUUUCCAUGCACUUGCAUAGAGAGAUAUUGCAACUGCCCAUUUUCGAGUCCGCGUCACAGGGCUGUCUGAAACUGUUAUCGUUGCACAUCCGGAGCAAUUUUUGCGCUCCGGGAGAAUAUCUCAUCCACAAAGGUGAUGCUCUCACCUCCAUCUAUUAUCUAUGUAAUGGGUCCAUGGAAGUCGUCCAGAAUGGCAUGGUCGUCGCCAUUUUAGGCAAAGGUGAUUUAGUUGGAUGCGAUAUUAGUAUGUGGCUAGGCCAAGGCAGUGGUUCUGGUAAUUCAGGCGUUGUCGCUGGUGGUGGGACCACUGGUGGUGGCGCAGGAGGUGAUACGGUGGUCAAGUCUAGUUGCGAUGUCAAAGCUCUAACUUAUUGCGACCUGAAGUGCAUUAAUGUUCUGGGUUUGGUAGAAGUUUUGCGGCUUUACCCAGAGUACCAACAGGAGUUUGCAAACGACAUACAACAUGACUUGACGUACAACAUACGUGAAGGAUACGAGGCCGAAGUAAUUAAACCUCACAAAGAGAUCGAUCAAAAUGGUAUAACGACGUUAACGUUACCAUCAAUAAGUGAAGACGACGAAAACUUGCAAGAAGAAUGUGACGGAUCUCCAAAAUCACCACCUUCUAGAUCACCGUUGCACUCCAGUUAUAGCCCAAGUAGACAUAACCUCAAUAAACUAUCUCAAAACAGAUCAAGAACGCUGCCUCGAAGUGAUAUCGAACACAGAAAAGUCAAUGUUGACAGGCUGGACACACAAGUUACUUCACUUCAUUAUCACGUUGCAACUUUAAGCCAAGAGGUGAAAAACGCCAUACAAGCGCUGCAGGAGCUGGCGACCACCAGUUCGAGCGUGCGGUAUCCGUACCCGUUGCCGGCCAGGUCGAACCCGGACCUGCCGGAGAACGUGAAACGGCCGCAGGCGGCGCUGCUGCAGCGGAGCUCGUCGCACCCGCCCGAAGUGUUCGGCUGGGACGGGACCGUGUACGACAGCCCGGCGCAUCAGUCGCACCACCAGUACGGCCUGCACCACCUGCACCACCAACACCACCUGCAGCACCACCAGCAGCAACACCACCACCACCACCACCACCAACCGCACCACCACCCGUACCAGCAAUCGAACCAGCAGCAGUGCGUGCCGUAUCAGCACCACACCAGCGGCGGCACCAUUUUCGCGCACUCGUCGUCGUCGCCGCAGCCGCACCAACAGCAACUGCAACAGCCACGCUACUACCACAGGUCGUCGGUGGCCAGCACGGCAGACGUGGCCGUGCAGACGGACGUUUCGGGCGUGGACGUGUUCGAGCGGUUCGUCAAAGCGCACCGGUCACUCGUGCUCGAGUGGCUCAACGAGAGCGACCACGUGGCCGUCACGGUGUACGACGACGAUGCCGCGGACGGCGGCGGCGGCGGCGGCAUCGGGAGACGGCGAGACGAACGGUCUCCGUCUUCGUCGUCUUCCGCGGCGUCUUCGUGCUCGUCGCCGCCGCGGCAAGAGCGCGGCGCUCUCGUGGUCGCCACUGCCCCGGCCGCCGCGGCCGACGACACUCGCGCGACGGCCGCCGACGGGCCUCCGGCCGGCCGGGACGACUCGCGCGAGUGGUACACCGUGGCCAGCCCAUUGGUCGCCGCUGUCAGCGAGGACAGCGGCGGUGGCGGUGGCGGCGGCGACAGCGGAGGCGGUGACGAGGACGACGGCGGCAGUGGCCACGAGUCCAUCGAGAUGACGGACAUGGCACCCGCUGCUACCGCGACCAACGCUUCCGCAGCGGCCAACGCUUCCGGUCCCAUCACGAGCCCAAAUUUCCAUCCGUUCGUUUGACGACAAGACUGAAGACACACACGCACACACAACACACACUCGCGCGCGCGCCCGCCCGCAAACACACACUUAUUACAGGUCGACAUUUCACGAAACGCGAUAUACGCGUCAUGUAAUAUGUGUGUGAAAACGUUAUCGGGUGUCCAUUUCGGUUUUUAUUUUUAAUUACGAUGUUUUUUUGUGUUCGUUUUCGUCGCCGCCCGGAAUUCGGUUCCGGACGCACGUUUUCACGUACAUAAUAAUAAUAUUGUUACGUCCUGGUUCCUAUUUUACCUCCACAGAUAUUAUAAUAUAUUAUUAUAGUAUCGGUGUGGUGCAGUACACAGGGUGCUUUUUCUUGUCGCCGAACACUCGACCGCCGCCGACAAUCCUUAACCCUCGACCCGUCCUAAUCCCAAUAAAUUAAACGUAGAAACUGUGAUGUAUCGACUGUUUUGGUGUAAAAUUUGACGAUUAAACGCCCAUCGUCAUAUGCAUCGGAAACGGGCGCAAAAUGAUCACGGAGGUAGGAGAAAUCGAUCUCUCGAUAUUUUAUUUUUAUUUAAUUAUAAUAUAAUGAUGUGUAGAAGAAAUUCGUAGGAGGUGUGUUCGUAUAAAAAUAUAAUAGCAAUAUUAUCAUACAACUGAUGCACCUAUAUCUAACUAUGUAUGUUUUAUUUAACUAUAGUUGAUUAAACGAUUAAAAAGAAUAAAAACCUGUCUGGAUCGAUGUGUGUCGUUGAAUUCCCGGGGUCACACCAGGGAGAUAGGGAAAAAAGUCGAUAUGAAAAUGAAUUAAAAACCGGUUACAGGUGGUUGUCGGAGGGAUUUAAAUUGAAUGGGUAAAAUAUGUGAAGAAUUAAUGCCCCAAAUAGACAAAAGCACGGUACGCGUAGUAUAUAAAUUAAAUAGGGCACGAGGAAUUGUAUGCUAGUGAGUUAUAGACUAUAGUGAUUUAUGCACACUUUUUCGUCGUAAAAUUUAAAAUCGUCGGUUUUGUUUUCAGUCGUUUUACCAUUAUUAUUAUUUCUUUUCGUCUUUUGAAAUUUAACACACUCCGAACGUUCUGCUUUUUAUUCGUGGAAUUAAUCACAACAAUAACACUUACCUGUGUCCUACAAAGAUAUAUUUUUCAAAGGAUAAAUACAUUUGUAUAAGUUUUUUCUCUGCAUACGUAUAUGCAAUGGCGUCGUUGAAAACGUUUUUCACAAAAUAAGGCAAAAUAUCAUAAUAAUACCACACACAAUAAUAGUACGCGAAAACAACCUCUGCUUGAUUGUUUAAAACACGGUUUACGAUUAAUCAAUGAAUAUAAUGAUACGGUAAUGCCAUCACGUGUCAUACAAUAAUAAUGUUAUCGCGUCGUAUCGACUACGUUCAGACGUGAAAAUAAUAAUUUGACGAAAAUCUGUUCGAAUUCUUUCGCAUCGUUAUUACAUAUUGCUGUAACACGCGGCUACGAUUAAUAAUUGAUCGGAAUAACAAUUGAUGGUGGUUUCUGGUAUACGCGUAAACUCUCGCGACAAAUCGAUAAUAAUAUUAUGUACUGCAAUUACGUAUUCAUUCGUACGCGUAAGACACGCUCUGUUUAAUUAAUAGCGCUCCCGUCUGAUAUCCUAUAUAUAUAUAAAUAUAUUAUGUGUUAUUGUUUAUCUUAUAUACCUAUUGUUCACGAAAGUUUGUUCGUAAUCGAAUCAAACCAGUGAUGAUGACAAUAUUAAUUCUUUCCAGUCGUACCGCAGAUGCAGACUCGAACAAAAGGGUAUAUAAGCAGUAUACCACGAUUCAUAUUAAAGUGCAUGCCGUACGCCUUUCCUACAUCGAAUAUACGACGGCAUAUCGAUGUAAUAACACGACAGAUUUUUCUUGAUUUUUCACGAACGUAAAUCUGAUUUUUGAGGUAUGAUUUGAUUAAAAAUUAUUUUUACGUCUAUAAAUUGGAUUCGGAAUAAGCAUCGUUUAUACCGUAGUGCCAUUGUGGCACGCAUGAUCAUUGCAAAUUGAUUUAUUGACAUCGAACAGAAUGCCAACAAAAUUUAGGAACACCAACAAUUUUUUUUCUAUGAUAUUUUUUAAACAACUAAAUAUCACCAUAGUUGUGUAAGAGUACGGUAAAUUAUUCACCGAAAAAAAUCGUUUUAUAGAAAUCCAGAAAUACGGUAGGCUGUACUAUCGUUAUUGAGAUUUUAUUUAUUUAAUCUUAUUUGCGAGAAUAUACGUAGUAUAUAAGUUCGAUUAUCUAAUAAAAUUCUUCGUCAGAAAAUAUUGUUACUUCUGCGAUCGAUCCAGAACAUCAUAAUAUAUUUAAUAAUGUUUAAAAAUUAAUUUUAUGAAAUUCUCGUGGGACCAAGAUACAUUUAAACCCUUAAAAGUCUGUGUUAUAGAUGAUAACAUAUUAUAUAAGGCUAACGACAAUUUCAGUACAUUUACAAACAUGUUAUUAAAACGAAAUCAUAAAACAUUUAUUUUACCGUCAUGCCAUUUGAAUUGAAUUCACACUCGCAACCAUUAUAAUAUUAUAUUUUAUCGGCUUUUUAUUUGAAAUAUUCUGCCACAGCUUUAAUUAUUUUGGAACAUUUAAAACAUUUUUUUUCAAAUAAUUUCACAUUCAAAAAUUACAAAUAACAGUUGAAAAUUAAUUACUUACUUGUGUAUUCAUUCCCCAUUAAAUGUAUGCAAAUAAAACAAUAAUUACUUACGAAACGGUAAUAUUACAGAAAGUACAGAAAGUAUAUUAGCGCAGUGGUCAAAUAGAUUAAAUUCAUAGGUGAAAGUGGAACAUUUUCGUACGUUUAUCUAAAUUAUUUCUAUAAGUAGUGUGGUAUCGUAGUGGUGAUGCUAUACAUGUAGAAUCGUAUGCAUAGGAUGGAAUUUUAAUGGGAAAACAAUUUAACGGCUGAAUAACAUAGUUAUAGUAGUUGAUUUAAAAAAAAAAAAAAUAAUAAUUUUAAGUAGAAAAAUAUUAAAUUACACUCGUUGACGUCUGUCCAGAGCAGAUAAGAAUGUCACUUGCCAAUUCGUAUCUUAUGAACAUCUAAUUAUGUUAAAACCCUCACGUUGUUUCUGCACAAUUUUCAAUUCGUGUAAAUUACCAUAAUAUUAUUAAAUACUUUUUAAAAACCACGAAAUUCAGUAAUUUUACAAUGCGUAACCACAACGAUACCGACACCGAUUGUUGAGAUUUUAAUUGCUAGAAUUCACCUGAUAAAAUUACCAAGCUUACAUGCUUUCAUCAUUUAAAGUAUAUACCUAAAACCUAAACAAAUAGUAUGGCCUAAUUAUAGCAUGAACAAUCGAACAUUUAACUCUAAUAUUCCUUUUUUUAUAUAUAUAUAUUAGGUAUAUUAUCAACUGACAUUUUUUUUUAUAUAAAAAAUCGUAUACCUACGUUAAACCAGAAUAAAAUAAGUUUAAAUAUUUCUUUAAAUUAUGUUCUUGAAAUGUAUUUAUUAAAAUAAACUUGAUCAAGGGAUGAUUAAAAAAAAACAUUAAUACAUUUUUAAGUAUAAAAAAAAUAGUCUUCAUUAUUUUCAAGUGGUACAAAUAAUAAUUUGUGGUGUCAAAAGAUAGCUUAGAUUAUACAAUGCUCUUUUACCAACUUCGAAUUAUCUUUAAAAAAAUUGGUGCAAAUUGUCAAAAUUAAUAAUUAUAUGCUGCUAAAUGAUUGGUUGGUUUUAGCACAAUUUACAUAAACCCAAUAAUAUUAUUGCUAUUAUCUGUAUUUCGCCAGGAACGUUCGUAAUCCACCGUUUGCGUUUCUAAAUCCACCACAGUUAUGCACAUAAUAAUGUAGUAAUACGAUAAUAAUAUCAAAAUACAUAGAAAUCAUGUACACGAUAAAUUAAUUCACAGGCAGAGAUUCGGAACAAUACUCGUAUUAUAUUAUUGUGAGUGGGAGGGAAAUUUUAAAAUUAUAUCUCAAACGUUUUUAAGAGGACCCUCUCCUUCCAACAGAUUAAAUUUAACCUAAAAGUAAUUAUUUUUUAGUCGAUCAAAUUAUGAAUGUUUGAUGACCGACACCUAUUAUAUGCAUACGUUAUAACCAACACGGCGCUCGUUUGAGUCGUAAUUAUUAUAAUGGCUUUCUUGCGUAAUUUCAAGAGUGAUAAAUAAUGAAACUAGAGGAAUUAUACUAUACGACUACCGGUAAUCCACACGCGUAUAUGCCUUUUUCAAUAUUUAACGUGCCAUAUUAUUAAGGAAUACUGUCAUCGCGCCUUAUGGCGUUAUUAAUACUUUUAUUCUACACGAACAAUAAUUCGCACACUCGACCAAAUCACCGCCACCCCUUCCUACCCAACCACAAUAUCCACAUCCCCCUCCAACACCACCUGCCCGUUAUCGAAAUCCCCCAAAAUGAUCUCAGGAAUAUAAACGAAAUAUUGUAAUGUAAUAAAUCAGUCGGAAUAUUAUAUUAUUAGGUGCAGCAGUACGCAGUACGUAUUUAAUCAAUAGUUGAAUUAUUUAUUUCGUUUAUUAUUCAGCUGCAGUUUGAUUAGGUUAGGUAGUGGUUUUUCGACAUGUUUGGCGAUAGAGUUUACGCUUUGCAGGAAUUUAAAAUAUAUUAUCUUUCUAAUAAGUUUACGUUUUGCAGGAAUUUAAAAUACAUUAUCUUUCUAAUAUGUUUUUCAAUUAAUGGUCUCAUAUAAAUGGUAAAAAAAAACCGAUAAUCGUUUCAAAGAGCACCAAUAAAAGUCGUUUUGGCCAGGUUUUCCCCGUUACAAUCACACACAAGCGAUUUUAGUAUGCACGACACUAUGCACUUAACGUUUAUCAUGUUUAAUUCCUAUGUAUUACACGAAUACGCUCUAUUUUGUUCUAUACAUUUCUUUCGCCUUAGGUACGUUUCCAUUUCGCGUUUGAAAACUUGAAUCGGUUAAAACGACGAGACCAUCGCGAGGGUGAUUACAAUUAGUUACCAACAACCAAAAAAUAAGACAAAAUAAAAUUAAAUAAUACCUUUCCUGUUUAUUCCGAGGGUGUUAUACAGGGUAAAUAAUAUAAUCAUUUAUUAUUGUGAUAUAAUUACUAUUCGUAUUUUAAGUCUAGCUCUAUGAACUGUUGUAUAUUUGAUUUUAAAAAUUAUUAUAAAAUACAUAGAUGUACAUAAAUAUUAUACAUACAUAAUAUACAACCUAAAAAAUUAUAAAUUUAUUAUAGAAUAACAUAUUAUUUAGAAUGUUAUAUUUAAAUUAAACUAUUAUCAUAUCAUGUAUUGUAUAUAUAUAUAUAUAAAUAUAUAUGACAAAGAUAUGUGUGUUAAUUAUAUUUAAUAUUAUGUAUUAUAUGUUAGGUAGUUUAUAAUAUAGUUAAUAUUAAUAUCAUUAUUGUUACUAUAUGUUUAAAAUCGUUCAGUCAUACUUGUUUUAAUUUGCACACGAUAUUAUUGUUGUAUCCCCAUUGUUUUGUUAACAUUUGCAGCGUUUCCGGAUCGGAGAGUUUUGUUAGUAAUAAUAACUUAGCGAUUUCUAGUCACGAACGUUGAUCCGGAAAAUGAGUAAUACGUUUUUAAGUGUUUUUAAAAGUCCGAUUGAACACAGACGCGGAAGCCUAAUAUAUUACUUUUAACAUAAGGCGUAGCAGUGCUCAAGACCUGGGCAAUUUUAUGACCCUAUUACACCUUCAGAGUCUGAAGUAUUAUAUUCGUAGGAUAAUGCAUCAAUCAGUAUGCUUGUACAUAAUGUUUGGACAAUCAUGUAUAGGUCAUCGUCCUUGACCUAUAUUUUAUAUAAUUAAAUAUUAUGGCGCUUUGUCAUUUACACGUAUAUUAAAACAUAUAUAUUGUAUGUUAUUAUUAUUAUGCUCGUGAUAUCUCCAUCCUUUUCGAAAUGUUUAAUUAACACUUUAGUAUAUAGCGUAACAUUAAAGGUAAAUCAAAUUAACACAAGUUGUACGUGUAUAAUUAGAAAAUGUCAUUUAAUUAGAGAUUUACAAUUAUUGUUUUAACGUGUGGAUGCUUUAAUUUAGAGAAACAUUGAAAACUCCACUUCUUAAGAUCACAAUGUGAGUGUAGAAGAGAAAGAUAAAGAGAGAGAGAGAAUUAUUCAAUUCACUAUAGAGUCUUGUUUGACAUUCAUUAUUGUUUAUAUUAAAUUAUUUAUUAUUUAGUCACUAAUUAUCGUAAAAUUAUAGAGUUUCGAGGAUAUAGGUACGCUGCAGGCAAAUAAUAACUAUUGAAUAAUACAAAUGCGAAACAAAGCAAUGCAAUAAAAUAUAAUUGUGUAGGUACCUACGUGCAAGCUUUCAAUACAAACUUUACAUUUUUGUAGUCGUACAAUCGUAUUGUUUAGUAUAUUAUCUUCUAAUCGUCUAUGCGCGCGCGCAAACGUUAAAAGAGUCAAGGUUACAAACGGUUAUUAUUGUCUGAGAUAUUGUAAGUUAGACACGUCUAUAGUAAAAAUAUAGGUUAGUUCGGAACAACAUCAAUACAAUGUGCGAGUACACUUUUAGAGUCGCCACCGCGUUUUUUGGAUAUCGGAGAUUGCGUUGACGAUUAUCCUGGUCAAGCCACACCGGAAUCGUUAUCCUAGCAAUAAAACCGUACGCACCAUCGAUAAACAGUUCUUACAAAUUUAUGUUGUGACUAGGUAAUAAAUCGUUCGCAAUAAAGUAUCGCGUUAAUUUAUUAUUCCUGAUUUAUCAUUAUCGUUUGUUUUCGUGUUUUUCGUUACCGGCCAAUACUCGCAUCGAACCUACACCGUCCGCGUAGAGAAUAAGUCACAUUUGAGAACAAUAUCGUAGUUGGAUAUUGUUGUAUUGAUAUUCAUUUACCUACAUAGUAUUCUUACUAUUUCCUUGUUUGUGUGUGUGUGUAGGACAUUGUAUUUUAAUUUGCACAUUAAUUAAUUUAAAAAAAAAUUUUAGUUCAGUUAUUUAUAAUAUAUGGAUAAAAAAUCAAUUCAUCGCAAAACAACUUGAAUUAGUGACUUUAUAACGAUAUCAUAUUUAGCGUGGUUUUGAUAGGUGUAUUUAUCGAAUUUAUAUUCGAAGUGCUUGUUUUAUUAUUUUAUACUUCAUAAAAAGUAUAACAUAUUGUAACAUAAAAACUCAAUUUUCGUUAGUUCUUUUUUUUCAAAUUCGUUAUUACUAAUUUAUUAUUUAUAUAAAAUAUGAUCUUUAUAAUAUUAUAGAAAUUCAUUUAAGUUUAUUAGAACAUCGAUUUUAUGGAAUUUUCAUUGUUUCUCCAAUACGCACUAAAAUUAAAAAUGUUAACUAAUUAUUUUUGUUCGUCAUUAGUAUUAAUUUAAAAAAUGGGCAUUUUAAAUUUAUAAAACAACACAGUUUUCGAAAUAAAUUAUUGUUUUAACCUACUUUUCGGAACUUUUCGUUUUUGCAAUAUCUUCAGUUUUUGAUGGUAUUAAUUUAAUUAAAAAUAUGAUUACAUUAUGAUUAUAUUUUCUCGUGUUGUAAAAUCAUCGAAAUAAAAUCUGGUUGAAUUUGUUUCUGUAAUGAUUAUUUAAAUCAUAUGAUUUCAGAAUGAUAAACAAUUGUUUCAAAUUUCCAAAUAAAACAAGCAAUCAAUUCAUAUUAUCAUCAUAAGCUGAUAAGUGUAAAAGUGUCUAUGUAUCUAUCCGUCUUAACUCACUUGUAUACGCAGCGCUGUGUAAUGUGUAAUGUAAUAGUUUAUCGAACUUAUAAUUAUAUGAUCAUAUAUGAUAGUUCACGCAUCGUGUUUGAGCGAGCUUUAUUAUUUGUUUUUCAUUGUUAUUGUUGUUUGUUAUGUUUCCUCGCUAAAAAAAAUCGAAAUAUACGCGUAUUGUACGUAGUUUAUAAUAUUAUUAUAAUGUUUAUACACGGAAAACGCCGUCAAUUAACACUUUACUCUUAAGACAUAAUAUAAAUUAUAUGAUAUAAUAAUAUUAUACAACUAAUCAAUUAUUUUAAUUUUGUUGUUUAAAGUGACCUAUUACGUUUGAAUGAUACCAUUAACUGUUUUUAUUUUAAGAUAUAUACAAAUCUACCAUGAAUAAUUUAAAAAUAAAGUCUGUAGAUAUUAAUUCUGUUGUAAAC